AUGCCACCUUCUUCACCAACGCCAUACCGUCACUCCACCUCCUUGAUCCCCUCUUCACCGCUCAGUUCCACCUCAAAUCCAUUCCGAAGACGACAGCGUCUUCGGUCAUCUUCCGGAGAUACCAUCAUCAAGGGGUUAUCCAAUUGGAGAAGACAGGCCAAAUCAACUUCACAAUCCACUUCUACAGCUGCGACUCAGCAUCAAAUUCGAUCGACCCACAGCAACGAAAACGAUCAUGUGCAUACAUCGUCCAAGAAACGGAAAUCUAAAGGAUCAGGAUUGGGUAUGGGGAUGAGAGGGACACCCGCAAAGAUCGUUAAGAGAAGUAGUAAAGCGAGUAUUGGUCCGACUUCCACUCCCGUCGCAUGUACUAAGAAACGAUCGGAAGGUGAAGAUACGACGUUGGAUAUUUCUACUCGAUCAUCUACUACAUCUUCACAUCUUCUAACAGCGGAGGAAAUCACUUCUCCCAGUAUAUCCGCUUUCGAAACUUCACCUAUCCUCCCUCUGACGCAGCGCAGGGGAAAUACCCUUUCAAAUCUCUCGGGUCAUACUCCUGAAGACGACUCGUUAUUCUCACCAUCCCAAAGAGGCGGAUCUAGACGUGACGAUACGCUUCUCCCUGCGCAGGCAGACUUGGUAAUCCCUCUAAACGAUCUUACUUCUACUUCUUCUCGAUCAACCUCCAACGUCGAUGAAACUACUCCUAAGGCCGGCCACCGAGCCUCCUUAUCAGUUGAAGUUACUCGUUCGACAAUACAAGGUGACGGGCAGACUCUCGAUGAUAAUAAUGACGACGGACGAUGGGAGUUUACUAACCCUCUAAAUGAUCUUUCUCAAUUCAAGGAGAGACGAUUACCUCGCUCAUCAAGUGGAUCAAGUAAGAUCAAAGAGAGGAGAUCAACGCCCAGGAAGAUACCGGAGAUGGAUAAGACUCCUUCGGCCUCCGAUACUUCUACUAGCAGUGAUAGCUUGGUACGAAGAAGACAUGGAGCUACUGUGAAAAGACCUGAAGAGAAACACUCGAUGGAGGUCUCGGUCGAGACUGUUCGAGGUUUCGAACGGGAAGGGGAGGCACCCAUUGUCGAUCCACAGAUUCAGUCCAACAACGACCGGGAUAUAGGGUACCCCGUGGGUAUCGAUGCUGGAGACCUUCCUGAAGAUGAGUCCCAUGCGAUCGAGAUGACCGACGCACCUCCGGCCUCGCCUCGACGGACCACUCCCGCUCCAAGUUUCUCGGACGGUGAAGAUGACUUUGCUGAUACAGCUGCCAAAUAUCCUUCCACUACUACCAAAGUACAGGUCCAUGUAGACAAGACAACAUCUACUGGAAGUACAUCGACCGGCUCGGAUUCAGGUUGUGAUGAUCCGUACGGUUUUGAGUGGAUGGAAGAUAUAGUUCGGGAAAAAACACCCCAGCCUUAUCAUCUGUCCUCAGGCGCCAAUACUCCUCGUCCAACCCCUUCGCCUUCUCCCAUCUCAUUCUCGACGAUCGUUUCUACACCUCCGACCAGUCGUAAUCCCAGUCCCGAAGUCGAGAAGGGACGAUCAGCCGGGACAGUCAAGGGAAUUUGGAGAGGUGCGCAGGUCAUGAGACGCAUCGAAGGCGGAGAAAUACGGCAUAUAGACGAGAGAGACUCUCAAGAGGAAACUGAUGAGGAAUCGGAUGAUGAGACUGAUUCGAGACAAAGGAAGUCCAAGGCCAGAGAGAAGUCUGAUAUUCCGGAAUCCACUGAGGAAGCUAUCCAAGCUAGACAAGCUCGUAUAGCCCAUUAUGUCGACCUAGCAGAGAAUUACGAACUUCAUGUGGAAUAUGUACUUUGGUAG